AUGAGCCCAUCCGCGCGAUACUCUCAUGGCGAUUAUACAGUUGGGUGGAUAUCCGCCCUCCCACUUGAAAUGGCUGCAGCGGAGGCGACGCUGGAUGAAAUGCACCAGGCUUUGCCAAACCCUCCACACGACAAAAAUGCCUAUACACUGGGCGAGAUCGCGGGCCAUAAGAUCGUGAUAGCCUGCUUGCCAAGUGGGCAAUAUGGGACGACGUCAGCCGCGGUGGCGGCACAGCAGAUGUUGUCAACUUUCCCCUGUCUUCGUUUCGGACUUUUAGUCGGGAUCGCCGGAGGCAUUCCGAGCAAAACAGUAGAUAUCCGGCUGGGCGAUGUGGUGGUCAGUACGCCAACAGCGACUUAUGCAGGAGUCGUGCAAUACGACUACGGAAAGACCUACCCAGGGCACUUUGAGAGAACGGGGAUGCUUAACAGGCCACCCGAACUCCUGUUGACAGCAGUUUCCAAAUUACGUUCCAGGAUUUUAAGGGAGGGAAGCGUGCUCCAGGAGACCAUCUCACACAUGGUCGAGAGAAACCCCCACAUGGGCAAGGAUUUUGGGUUUGGGGGGUGGCAGGAUCAGUUGUUCAAUGCACACUACCCCCAUCUGGAAUCAGAGUCGACCUGUGAGAAAUGCGAUAGGUCUCAACUGGUGUCCCGGAAGCAUCGCCCAAGUGAUGGCCCUAAGAUUCACUAUGGGCUUAUUGCUUCAGCAAAUCAGGUGAUGAAGGAUGCAGUUGCUCGAGACAGGCUUGGACGCGAACUGGGAGCCUAUUGCGUGGAAAUGGAAGCGGCUGGCUUAAUGAACCACUUUCCAUGUCUGGUUGUCCGAGGCAUUUGCGACUAUGCAGAUUCCCAUAAGAAUAAAGAAUGGCAAGGCUACGCUGCGGCUGCAGCUGCGGCGUAUGCAAAGGAGCUGUUUACCGUGAUUUCCAGGGAGGAAACACUGAAAAUGCACCAUGCUGACUUCCAGGAUUCCAAAUUGACUAACCUCUCGGACGCUCUUCGCGAUAGAACGAUUUGCUCGCAGCUGGAGAGCCUUCGGCGCAGAUGUGAACUCGCCCGCAGAUGGAACCAGUGGAAUUACUCCAGUGACGGCGGCAAUUACUGGUGGUCGGCCAGCUGUUCUUGA